AUGUGGCCACUUGUCAAAUCUAUCUCCAAGUCCGUGGGCAAGGCCGCUGUCUAUAGCAUCAUCGCCAUCGGAGUCUGGGAGGCCUUGCUCGGAUGCCCUACAGCAAAUAUGACGAAGACACUACUUGCUGACAAGGUGGCCUGGGACUCAGCCCAAGCGGAAAAACAAGGCAUUCGUCAACACGUGCAAAUGUGGUUCACGAGCUGGUGGCAUUGUGCCAUUCGAUCCCCCGCGAAGUUCAUUGCAAAGAGAGUCAAGGCUACGGCGGCUAAGGCCAAACGAUCCUACGUCCUGGGCUGGAUGGCUAGGAACCGAGACAACAACAACAACGAUGACACGACCGCUAGCAUCACCCGCGGUGAGGAGCGGGUCUCCCGUUUCCACGAAGAGUUGGACGAAGCAAUCCAUGAACUCACCGCUGAAUCCAACUCCAUUUGUCUCAGGGAAUUUCAGGAAGAAGACGAGGAGGAUUUGGAGGGUGAGGUGGAGGAUGAGGAGGAGGAUUGGACUGGUGCGGUGGUUGACGGGGGCCAGGCAGAAAUUAGCUUUUGA